AUGCGUCCAACGUACCAUCUCGCACAUACCCCUCUUUUCCAGCCGCAUACUAAGGAUAUUCCCCUGCAACAUCGUGCACGCAUAAGUUAUGAACGUGCCAAACAAGUGGCAAAGGCGUAUGCCUUGACCCCAGCAGAUAUUCUCACAUUGUCUCACAAGUUCUGGCAGCUGCACUCAGACCCAAUCUUUGGUGUCGACGGCGCAGCAGCUACCUUGUUGACGCUGCAAUACAACUGUUGUGCUGGGACGUUGGCGAUGUUUGCUCCAGAACAGCCGGCCAUUGACGACAUCUUACGUCUUGUCCUUGCUUACGAAGUCAUAGGCAUGUUCUGCCUCACAGAAGUCGGCCAUGGUCUUGACGUCAUACAUAUGGAGACUACUGCUACACUACUCGAAAAUGGAGAAUUCGAUCUCCACACACCCCUAGAACGAGCAGCGAAAUAUAUGCCACCAACUGCGCCAGUGGGUAUACCAUGCAUCGCGAUCGUCUUUGCCCGGGCUAUCAUACGCGGAGAGGACUGCGGCAUCAAGCCGUUCGUUGUUGACAUCAAUGAUGGAUACAGAAUGGCGCCCGGCGUCACCUGCAAACUCCUUCCACAGCGCGGAGGAGCUCGUCCAUUCAACCAUUCUCUGACGUACUUCAACCACGUCCGCCUUCCAUACUCGGCACUUCUUGGCACUGCCGAUAAGCCAGAGGACGCCCGGAUGGCCUUCUUCUAUAGCAUCUCCAGAGUCGCCGUAGGAACCAUCGCGCUCGGUUCGUUCGGUCCUCCCGCCUUGCGCGUGGCGUCUACCAUUGCUGCUCGGUAUAGCAUGCGUCGGACUGUUGUGGACCCGGACGGACGGCGGAAGCCAAUCAUCGAGUUCAGGACGCAGAAGACGCCGAUCAUCACUGCCCUCGCACAAUCCUUCGUUCUGGAUGCUAUGCACGCCAGGGCCAUCGCACUGUUCCGGGAUGUCUCCGCCGACUUCCGGGUGAGGCAUGCCAUGGCCGCCAUUCACAAGGUCACCAUGAUUCAGCACGCACAGGCUGCGAACCUGAUGCUUGGUGACCGGUGCGGUGCACAGGGCCUAUUUGAAGUGAACCAGAUCACGGCUAUUCACAGUGACAUGCGUGGAUCGGCCAUCGCAGAAGGAGACCUCCUUGGUAUUUCAAUACGCUUCGCAACCGAGCUCCUGCUACAGAGGUACAGCAUGCCAGCUACAGACGACCCCACAGGCUUCCUUGCAAAACAUGAGGAAGGAAUAUUUACAGAGCUGCGCGCGGCACUAGUGUGCAUGAAACAUCAUCGCAGCGAUGACUUCGAUCGCAUGGUGCUGCCGGAAUGCUUCAACCUGAUCCAGGCCAUCGGUCAUCGGAUGGCCUACGAUGCUGCUGUCGCUGCCAAGCUAGACCGGUGCCUCAUUGAUAUGUAUGUUGCCAGCUGUGUCAAGCUAGACUCUGCAUGGUACGUGGAGAACCUUGGGUUAUCGAGGAAGGACCAGCGAGAGAUGGAGAACCGCGCUGUCGAUGCCAUCUACCCACGUUUGGAGGAAUUCCUCGGGCGCAUGGAUGUUUCUCGUUACAUCACUGCACCAAUAGUUUCAGAGGAAAGGUGGAAUACCUUUGUCGCCAGAUUACCGACGUUCAGCAAUUCGGGUGAAAAUCAAUGUGAUGCUAGCGAGAGUGGCAUAGAAGACGAUGCAGGGGGCCCGCUGUACAUCAAUCUAUACGCGCAGGACGCAGAGUUUGGUAGACAUGUAUUGGGGACCGUACCGAAGUCUAGGCUCUGA